GCGGAGGGAAGCGCGCGGGUUCGCGCCCCACUCCCGCCAUCGGCAAAUUCAAAUUUGGUCUCAGAUACGGUAGAUUAAACGGUACAUAAAUAUAUAUAGAUAAACAUAUAUACUCGUUACGUAGGAAGCUCAAAAAAAUUAUGUGUUAAAUCAUAUUAUUUAUUAUUAAUAAACAUAUAAAUGGAAAACUUUGUACAUAUAUAUAAGAUAUAAUUAAAUUUGUGUGCAAUUCGGGCAGUGUAAGUUUUAAGAAACUGUGAGAUAUUGAAGAAUAAGAGAGUGAAGUACCGAUCGGAAAAGACCGUAGUGUUGUAUUAUGGAGUUGUUUAAGAUAAAAAUGGUGCCAGUAAUAAAAAACCUAUUAUUUAAUUUUUAAAUAUAGAAUUUAUCAAAUAAUCAAUAAAUACGAAUAGUUUAAUGGGAACUUUCAAAAAAAUAAGUAUACAUAAAAAUAGCGACCGUAACAACAGUGCAGUAAAGUAUAAACUUCACUAACAAUGAAACUGAGCGUGAGUGCGUUCAGGGCACAAGCCACAGCGCACAAGAAGAUUUUGACGUCGUCGUACCAGCAACACUAUGGGAGCACCGCAGCGCCGCCUGUCUGCAAUCCGUUACAACCGCCGAACUUCACUCCUCAGGCAGAAGAAGGCACAGGUAGAACAUCGGAAGGCGAAGACAACGAUGGCAGUGAAACCAACGUCGGGUCUUCCAGGAUACUGUCAGCGGCUACGUCAAGAGAGGAAGACGAUGAUUCUAGCAACAAUGUCAGCAGCGAGAGCAAGAGUCCUGGACAAAGAUUGUUGAGCAAGUUGACUCCAUUCUCGACGAAUGGAAGGCAUGACGAUAUAACAAAGUCCAACCAAAGGUGGAGGAAGCUUCGCACGACCGUGCAGCUCGGAUCGGCGAUACAGAAGAAGGCGACACUGAAGAGAGAAGACUCAUUUCUGAAGAGAUUCUCCACGAGACAGACGCCGGCUACGCAGGAAACUGUAGAAGAUACAGGUUCGGAAGGUGCAACCGGUGAACAUAGAACAGCAAACAGACAAAGGCGAAGAAAAGUCAGGGCUCCUCGUACAGUGGUGAAUCCAGAUGAGAAUUUCUACUUCUAUUGGCUCUGGUUGAUCACCCUGUGUGUAUUGUACAACUUCUGGACUUUGAUUGUGAGACAGAGCUUUCCAGAAUUGCAGAUAAUGUGUCACUAUUUUUGGCUGACCUGCGACGGCAUCAGCGAUGUGGUGUUCGCGUUAGACCUCGUAGUCCAACUCAGGACAGGAUACCUGGAGCAAGGUCUGAUGGUUUACGAUUCGAAGAAAUUGGCAAAACAUUAUUUGACAUCGCGCUCGUUUCUUCUGGAUAUUGCAUCGCUGACACCCCUAGAUCUAAUCCAGUUGAAGAUCGGUACCAACCCUAUCAUUCGUUUCCCUAGGUUUCUCAAAGUGUACAGAGCAGUUAGCUGUUAUUAUAUCGUCGAAUCAAGGACCGUCUACCCAAACUUCUGGAGAGUCAUCAAUUUGAUCCACAUACUCCUGAUCCUCGCACAUUGGUUCGGCUGUUUCUACUUCUUGCUGUCAGAGGCUGAGGGCUUCCAAGGUGACUGGGCAUAUCCUCAUCGUCCAGGCGACUACGCAACCCUGACAAGGAAGUAUUUGGGCUCCCUCUACUGGUCUACCCUGACGUUAACCACCAUUGGUGACCUGCCAACCCCAGAGACCAACUCUGACACACACGGAGGCCCCAAAUUUCUGCCACGUCGGGGGCUCAAAUCCCGCCUUCUGCAGUUCAAGUCCAACCGAGGGUACGUAUUCACGAUAGUCAGCUAUUUGAUCGGGGUGUUCAUUUUCGCCACUAUAGUGGGCCAGGUCGGCAAUGUGAUCACAAACAGAAACGCAAAUCGGCUCGAGUUCGAGAGACUCCUCGACGGAGCCAAGACUUAUAUGCGCCACCACAAGGUGCCUGGCGGUAUGAAGCGACGUGUUCUCCGCUGGUAUGAUUAUUCCUGGUCGCGCGGUCGGAUACAGGGCGGCGGUGACAUCAACACGGCCCUCGGCCUCCUGCCCGAUAAACUGAAGACGGAGCUCGCACUGCACGUCAAUUUGAGUGUACUUAAAAAAGUAACCAUAUUCCAAGAAUGCCAACCAGAGUUCCUACACGACCUAGUUCUGAAAAUGAAGGCCUAUAUUUUUACUCCUGGAGAUUCAAUAUGUAGGAAAGGCGAAGUAGCAAGAGAAAUGUUUAUCAUAGCCGAUGGUAUACUAGAAGUAAUAUCUGAGACAGGCAGGGUACUCACCACAAUGAAAGCUGGAGACUUCUUUGGCGAGAUCGGAAUAUUGAACUUGGAUGGACUCAAUAAACGAACAGCAGACGUACGCUCUGUUGGUUACUCGGAAUUGUUCUCGCUAUCCCGAGAAGAUGUGCUAGCAGCUAUGAAGGACUAUCCAGAAGCUCAAGAGAUACUCCAAACUCUUGGCAGGAAGCGGUUGCAGGAGGCUAAGAGUAUGUCAAGGCAAAAAGUAAAGGGUAGCAAAGGAGAAGUACUAAGUCCAGAUAAAUUGGGCGGCGAAGACAGUACGUCUAAAAGGAUAGUUCACAAACUGCGAAGCGAUGUAAAGGGUAUCCGAAACGCAAUCCGAAGUAGAUCUCGUGCCGGUCGUCGUUCCGGGGAGUCAUUAGAACUACAAGCUUUGGCUGGAGCUGAAAGAGCGACAGCCGAUGGCAAAGUGCUUAGGCGUAUGCCUAGAGUCGAGAGUGAUGACUCGCAACCACACAACCACGAGGAUUUGAAUGGUGAAACUACAUCAGGAAGUAAAGACGGUGAAAAAUGUAUAUCACCGAUAGGUGCUGGUUUACCUUUGCUAACUCGUUUAAAACUGCUAAAAGAGAAACAGGAUCGUGAAGAAAAAGUAGCAAAACAAAGACUAUCAGCAUCUUCUGUUGUAUCACCACCGCAUUGUCAACCGACACCGUCUACAAGUUCAGCUCCAGAUGGAGAACCCGAGGUAAUUGGGGCGGGACUUCCGCUACUUCAAAGAUUACUUUUGCUCAAAGCCAAAGAAGAGAGAGAAAAGAAUCAACUCACACCAACAAACAGUAACCAGCCAUCGAGUUCAGAUACUAUCAGUCCAAGUUCCAUAAAAAGUCCCCUAAGUCCCACUAUAAAAACCCUGAGUCCUAUACGAAAAGGAUCAGAAUCUAGUUCACCAGGAAAACUACAAAGUCCCACAACAAAAACAUCCAGAAAAAAUUCUUCUGGUUCAAGUGAUGGUGCUUCUCGUCCUAAAGUUAGUUUUAAAGAUAAGAUAUUACAAGUUCAAAGUGACGGUACAGCAGUAUGUCAGCCACUCAAUAAAGAUGUCAGUGAAAAGCCUGCUGCAGUAGUCGAACCUACACCCAAGCCAGAAAGCAACUUAAUAUCUAUACCACACUCCAUCGUUAGUAAAAUCAAAUCACCAGCCAAAUCGGUAGGUUCAUCAUUUCGAGAUAAACUUAAGUUAUUACAAAGUGGUAGUGGACAAAAAGAUUCCGAAAACUCAUCUUUAGACAAGAGCAAACCACCAUCUUUAGAUAAAACUGCUGCUGAAAUAACACCAAUACAAACGACAGAUUGUAAAGAAGAUUUUAAAACAAAGAAACCUUGGACAAAACUUAAAAAAGCCGCGAUAUUAGGAGAAUCAAAAAGCCAAAGUAAAUCUAGUAUAGAUGAAAAGAAAGACGAUAGUGUAACUAAGGAAACAAAAGAGGAUUGUAAAGCAGAGAUUGUAAAUAUAAAUGUACCUAUAGUAACUACAGCGGAACUUGUUAAAAUAGACAAUAAUAAUCUCGAAGUUGAUAGUGAUAAUAUUAAGCAAGAUAAGCCUAAGAUUUGCUUAACAGGCCCUUUGGAACCCGUCCAAGAAAAAUCUUUAGAUUUAUUAACGUUAUCUCCAAAGAAAAUAAAAAACGUAGAUCCUAAGCCAUCAAGCACUGGAAUGCUAUUACCCAAAGUCAAAAAAUAUAAAUCUAUUGAUGAUCUCUCACCAGAGUAUGGAGGACUACCGUUUGUAAAAAAAUUGAAGAUUUUAAAUGAAAGACAAAAAUUAGCUGAACUAGAGAAAGUUGUAAAAAUAAGAAGUUCCAGUUUAGAUUGCACAAGUUCGUCUGAAGAUUUAUUAUCCGAUACACUCACUAGAAGCCAUUCUGAAGGAAGCACAAUGGAUAAAAGAAAAUAUAAAAGGAAAUCAAUAGAUUCUGUUGGAAGUCAUGGAUCCAACGAAACACUCGAACGAAGAACACUGAAAUCUAUUUUAAAAAAGCUUUCAGAAGAUGUUACUCCCUCAGAAAGUCCUGAACGAAACAAUGAAAUAAAAAAAUUAAUUCGGGCACCUACUUUAGAAGGAUAUGCUGCGAGGCAUUCCAAAUUUGCCAAAAGUGUGACAUUUCAUCGUCACACAUUACCAUCACCACCUGGCAGUGCUCCAGCAGAUUCGAGAAAUGAAGUUUUUCAAUUGCCAGAGUAUAAAAAAGACUGUGUACCACAAAUAUCAUCGCCUACCCAAGAUACUGAAAAUGAUGCUAUGUGCCCUCGUAAUCAAAUAGUGAGACCUACCAGUGACAGCAUAAGUCAAGACUAUAACCUAAACAUAAGAGCUGAAUAUGAUUUACAGCCAAAUGUAGAUCCAAUAUAUGACUUUAAGUCCUUAAGACCUGAAGAAAUAAAAGUGCCUUCGGAGAAACCCAAAUUAACAUUAAUAUCAGCUGUCGCCAAUCAACGGAAGUUAUUAAGAGGUUCACUUGAAGAACAGGAAUAUUUCGGCGAGGUACUAUUAGGUAUUAAACAAGUUAUACAAGGUCAUUUACAUGACGUUCAAGGAAAAUUUCAAGAGAGGUUCUGUAGCUUAGAAAAUGAAGUGCGAAAACGUGAUGAAAUUAUAAGUCAACUUCAAAAACGUAUUCAAGAAUUAGAAAAGUUGGGUCUAUCGAGUGCCUCAACUACGCAAUCAACUGAAUCUGAAGAGGCACGUUCAUCUCCCCAGAGUGAAAAUAUUGCAAAUCAACCGCUUACUAAAAAUGGUAGUUCGGGAAGCGAAGAUAUAUCCGGAGCAGAAGAGGGAUUUAUGAGAGGUGACUCACUAGACACUGUAUUUGCAACAUCGCCACCAACAGCUAGUGCUGAUGAAGAGGACAAAGAAAAAUCAAAUGAAAAAACCACUUUCGUUAGAAAAACUUUAUCCACAGAGGAACUCACAGAAGAAAGGCUCACCGAGAUGACUGAAAUAGAAUUAGGGAAAUUAUCAUAUUCAGAAUUACAGAGUUUGGCAGAAUCCUUAUCUAGUAAAGUUGAUAAAACCUCAUCAAGUAAAGAGAAAUGGACGUUAAGCAAAUCAAAAAGAUUGGACUUGAAUUUAGAUGGUAAAGCUGGGACAUAUUCGAGAAAACGUGCAGCAAAGUUGAGGCAAAGAAAAUCAUGGGAAGAUCAAAGUGAUCAAGAGAGUGUGGAAAUGCAUGAUUUAACACGACCAAUGUCUCCACAAAUGACAUCAGAAGACAGAUCGUUGCUUAGUCCGGAACAGUCCAGUCUACGUACCAGCCGGCGAAGUAUUCAUCCCUUCCACUUCUUCGGCACCCACCUUGACACCACCAAAUCGAAAAUCAAGAAAACCUUAUCAGUAGAUACCGGGAUGCACCAUACUGGAAGAAAUGAAAGGAAACCAUGCCGUCAACGUCAACAACGCAAAUUCAGCCUGGGAUCAUUCUUCGGGUACCAUAGAGGUACAGCACAUAAGCCCCCAAACAAUAGUUGCAAUGAAGUCGUGCUAGACAUUGGAAGUGAUUACAGCUGGAGCGAUACCACUUCAACCUCAUCUAGCAGUGAUUCAGAAUCAUUACCUCGAACGCCGAUGUUCGAAGAAUUUUUAGAAAAUAGUUCUCGAAAAGGCCGAGCUAGUAGUUCCAGUCACAGCAGCAUAUCUCCUAUUAGAGCGAGUGGAGGUGAUUGGGAAGUCAUGAUGCUAGCUGAUGAGCUGGAGAAAAGGGAACGAGAGAAAGAAAAAGAAGAAUCGAGAAGGCAUCACUAUCCUACUCACACACUCAGAGACUUGGAAGAGAGAGAAGACAGCCCAGACGACUACACUAACGUGGAAGAAGCGAACUCGGCAACUUCACAUCUUCUGGCUCAAUCUGUGGUAGACCCGUCGACGUUGCACGAGACUUCCUUCACGGAGAGAGGGAGGGACAGCAGGCAACAGCGAGUGGGGUCACUUGUUGAAACAGUAAAACCAGAUACGUCCCUACGGCAAUCAAGAGGUCUGAUCCUGCGAGCGGCCAGUCUAGACAGAGAAACUGCACCACCCACAUCCCAAACUAAACGUUUCGGCUCCCUAAAGAGUUCUAGCACGGACUCUCACAAGAGACUCUGAUCCGGUUUGCGACACGGACCUCGAGGGAGAUCCGAUAGACCGGAACCAAAGGGUCCAAGUCAAAAUCAACAUAAAACCAAAAAUGUGAUACGAGGUAAAACUCAAUACGAUCCAUAUGAAAUUGGAAUAAAAGGUUCAAGAGGAGAAACAAAUGUUAAUGACAGUAAUGUUCCUGCAGUCGAUGACGCCCUUCGAAAUAACAUUGAUAACGAUAGACGUCAAGACGAAACAAUUAUUUUAGGUCAAAAUGAACGAGAGAACGGUAUUAGUGAUGACCAGCGAAUGAUUAUUGGUCAAUUAUUGAUGAUUGUUAUAAUAAUGUAUGAAGACAUUGACUAUAUAAUGUUUUUAAUUUUAGAAUAGUGCGUGAAGUGUGUCAUUGAAAGAGAGAAACUGUUUUCCGUGUUGUUUUUUACCUAUCUUUAUUAGUAAUUUAUUUAAUGUAGAUUAUUAUGUACUAUAUUAGCGAACGAUUCAAACGAAACUAGUUAGGUUAGGUUAGGUCGUUUUUCUUCGGAUACUAAUGAUAGACUUAGAAGUUUGACUUCAUAUAUAGUUAUAAAGCGAGAGCCUUGUAUUAACAAGAAAUAUGCACAAAAGAGUGCUUAUAACGCUGAGUUGUUCUUUUAUUACCCAGUUGAAAAACUAAUUAAUUUAUAUUUCUUUACAAUCAAAUGUGAAUGUUUUAAUUAAAUAUCUAAUUUCUUGUGAAUAUCUACCUUGUUUCUUAAAGCAACUUUUAUCAAAAUUAACAAUUGACAAACAUUUACCUUCCGUAACUGAUUUUCAUUCGCUUAGCUUUGGCGACUAAAAUACGAGCCCUCAGAUAAAUGGAACAAGAACCUGACAAUAGAUACACUUUUGCUAACUAAGAAAAAAUGCAUCAAAAAGAACAAAAUGCUGAACAUUGCUGUCACGUUCUAUCUUAUGCAACAGCAGCGACUAUGCAUGGGUAAUAUUAAUACCGCUCCGAUAUCUAUAUAUUGCUUUUCUCUGGGCAUUGAUAUCGGAAUAAAGAUCACCCAUAUUCCGACAUCGCCCAUAUUAAUCGGAUAUCAUAUUCAUAUUCAAUUAAUCGAAUUCUUCCUUGCGACAUUAAAUAUUGAAUAACAGACAUUUAACAUAUUCGUUAUUCGACCAAUAUAUAGAUAUUGACGUAUAUUACCCACUCCUAGUAGUUGUAGUAUUCCAUCUAUUUAUUUACGGAGAUGUCUUUACACACGACACACUACUCUGUGAAUAUUUCUCUAAAGCAAAUAUUAGAGGAAUAUACUUAACUGUCAUUACCACUAAUUAUAAACGUAUCUUUUUUUACAUACGGUACAAAUGGAAUAGCUAUGAUAAAGUGGUCAUCUUUGCUAAGAAUUAAAUUAUCGCUGUCUUUAUUUACCAUUGAUCAAUAUUAUUUUUUUCUAUGCAUGACACAAAAUAAAAUUUUGUUCUAAGCAGAUUUUUAUUUAUUUAAAAAUGUAUUAUUUUUAUUAGACUUUGUUUCACGCAAUCUUACAUCAAACCUGUGACAUAUAAUGCCUAAAUAGAAGAUAUUUAAUAAAAAAUAAUUAAAUAAAUAAAAAUCUUCUAUGAAAUCAAAAUGACUAUACAGAAAGUGAUUAUGAAAUCCAUCUAUGUCACACACAGGCUCCAAAAUCACUUAUGAUAGGUAGGGCUGGUAAACCCUAUUACUACCCUAUUAAAUCCCUACAGUCCAUGGUACUACUGGUAUGUCUAUAGGCGACGUUUACCACUUUACAUCAGGUGGGCCGUCAGCUUGUUUGCCAUUCUAAGUUGUAUAAAAAAAAUCUAACAAAUGUACCUACCUAGUAAGUACCUACUACAUACAAUUAAAUAGAUUUUGAUAUAAUUUUCUAUGUACCAAACAGAAGCUUACGUAUAAAUUCAUGUGUUUUUAUGAUUAUAUUUCCUUUUGAAAAGUUAGAUAUGUCAGUUAAAAGAUACAGAGAUCUUUGCGUACCUUAAUGACUAUAAUAGCACGAAGAAUAUUUACAAUAGAUUACAAUGUAUUUUGUGAUGACCAUAAUGCAGUUUAUGCCUAUUUUAAACGCUAAUUUUACUAAAGAAAUUCCUUGAAAAAAGAUAUUAUUAUCUAUCUAUUUAUGUAUGAAGAAGUGUAUUUGUAAAUAAAAACAGCUUGAUAGGCAUAAGUGGAAUUAAAUUUGCAUUCAUCUCUACCAGUGGUGACAGGUGGAACAAAAUUCCACAUAUAUAAAAAUGUGAUGGUUCUUUUUAUUAAUGUUCUUAUUUAUUAAUAAUAUUAUUUUUUUAAUGCAAAUACCGUCUGUUGAUGUGAUAUAUUAUAUUUCUUCUUACUACUUAUCAAUUUAUUUUUAUUUUUUAUAAAAGUUAUAAAUGUUUAUAUCUAUUUAAACAUUGGUAGGGACAAAUGGAACUGGUCAAUUUUCAUUUUUAUUAUCAUAAUUUUUUUUAUCAUUAAACUAAAAUCUUACGGUUCUUAAAUACGAAGAUCACCUACAUUACUCAUCAAGAAGAAAUGUCACUUCAUAAGCACAAUAUCAGAAUUAUCCAAUUAAAAAUAAACUUUUAUUAUUAAAUUUUUAUCUUAACUAGUAGCUAGGUACAUAUAAAAAAAAAAAAUAAAAGAAACAAUUUAAUGUCCGUCAUUAAGAUAUAAAAAUAUAGUGCCAAAUAAAUCUAUAAUUACGUAGAUCUUUCAAAUUUCUAAUAGAUGUUGCUGAACGAAGUGUUACUGUAUUUUAUUGUAAAUAAUAUUUUAUAGAGUUAGUGAUCUAUUAAACAGUUAACGAUUAUUGACAAUUUAUUAUAUAAGUACCUAAUUAGUGAGAUAUUCUAAGUAGGUGACGUAUUUAAAUUAAGAAUAAUGAUAACUGCAAAUUGUUUGAAUUUUUUUUUAUUUGUUUUUUAUUUUAUUAUAAUUUUUUUUAUACAAAUGUACGUACCUCGCCAAUUAAACCUGUCCACAUUUACUAUUAACUGUCCACGUUUUCUUUCCUUGCAUACUUGUUAAUAGUUUAAUAAAUUGCACGGUUAUUACUCAGAAGGAUUAAAAAUAUAUAUAGAUUUUUUAAUUCUUAUAAUAGGGAAGUCGCAAAACCACACUAUCCAAUCUAACAUACUCAUCGCCUGUCAAAAACAUUAAAAAUAUUAUAAAUGUUAAAAUAUCGUUUAUUUGGACUUUUAUGGUAGGAUUUAUGAUGUUAAGCUCCAUUUACUGAGCCGAUUUUGGUACUGUUUACAGACUGUUGUCGUAUUUGGCAACACUGGCUAAUAAAUUCAUUAAUAUAUAUAGCUACCUAAUAUUCACUUGCCUUUUUACAAUCAUGAACAAUCAAUAUCUACAGAUAUCUAGAUAUCAGAUAUCUACAGAUUUUAUAAAAUGUAGAUUUUAUAACAAUUAUAUAUACAUAAAUAAAAGAGAUGUAUGCUCAUACAACUAUUUUAUUAUUCUUUUUUUUAACUUUUACUUCCAAUUAUUUCCAAGCAAUAUAUUUACUAUAUUAUUUACAACACACUUCAACUGUAUCUUACUAAUAUAAUAAAACUGUAAAUAGACGAUAUCUAUUCACGAGAGAUACUUAAGAAAAAUAAUACGAGGGGUCUUAAUAAGAUCAAUAGAUGCCAAAACAAUAAUUUUUAAACAUUUUGUCUAUCUGUCUGUCUGUAUGUUAACUCCGGUACCACGAAACUACUGCACCGAAUCCGGUGCGCUUUUCACAUUUGUGUUCCUGAAAAUCUUACUUAAAAUCUGAUGUAUAUUUUAUCCAAUGUUCUAUUUUGAUACAAUAAGUAGCAGAUAAAUAAUAUCAUAAAUAAUAUAAUAAUCUAGUAACAAAAGAAAAAAAAACGAUCUCUAGUAAGAAAUUUGGGAAAUAUUCCUUUUUCCAUUAUUUUACAAAAUACAAAAUCUCCGGAAUACCUUUUAAUAUAAAGAUUUUUUACGUAAUUUCUUUUAGUAAAACUUCAAAUGGCCUAAAAUAUUAUAAAACAAGAUAUUUGCUUUUUUUUUAUAUAAGUAUUAAUUUUCAAUAUAUUUUAUUAUACCUGAGUAGAUAUCAAUAGUACAAGAAAGAAAUUCCAAUUAAAUUAUAUUUUCAGUUAAAAUCAAAUGUUUUCUUUUUCUAAUUUAUAUAGCUACCUAUCCAGUUUUAUUCAUGUAGUAAAAUACUAUUCUUAAUCUAUGUGGCAGUGAGAAAAAAAAUAGUACUUUUUUUUUAUUUAUCUAAUCAAAAUAAAGCAAAGAAACCGAAUUUCACUAAUGAACAUAAUCUAUAACAUAAUAAGAAUAAUUGGGUACAAUUUUACAUUUUGUAACAUGUUAGUGGUUUGUAGUUUUAUUUUUAAUCUAGAGCACAAUUUACUAUAUACCUAUGAUUUCUGAAAAAAAUAGAUUUAACGAAGCCCAAUUAUUAUAAGCCAUGAUUAUGAAAUAAAAAAAAAUAAAAACAUUGUAACAAUAAAAGCACUCUAGUGAGAUAGUGACCUACUAAUAGAUAAACUACGACGAAUGUAAUAUUUUAAUUAUUAUAAUUUAGUUUUAGGUGUAAAAUAAUGCGGAGAUAUUAAAAGUCA